CUAGCGCUUUUCCUUGCAGAAUGGAAGUAGUCGUGGAGGCGAUAAGGACUAAAGUCGUUUGACUCAGCGGGAUUCUGAACUCUUAGGCUUUUUUCUUUUGUUUUUUUUUUUGUUUUCCGGUUAUAGGACAGUCGUUACAGCGAAGCCGAUCUGUGUGGCUGCUCGUUUCAAAGCGCACCCCGUAUGGACGAUGAGGAGGACGAUGUGUUUGAGCCAAAAGCCAACUGUUGGCGCACCACAUUCAGGGAGAUAAAGUGUGAACAUCGAGGCACACAGACACCCGGUCCUGCCCUGGUACCAAACAACGGCAUGCUGCCCUGUGGAGUCGCAGAGGAGCCCAGACCACUCUUCUACGGUAACGCAGGUUUUCGAUUGCACUUCCCGGCACGCUUCGAGCUCGUCGGGGAUCACAGAGCGAGUCGACAAGGAAGCACGGAGCAGCAAAACAGCAUGGAGCGCCUGCCCCGCCAGCGACCCGCGGCUCGCAGCGUGGAGGCCUGCAUCGGACAGAAACUCCAGCUCAUAGGAGACCAGUUUCACUGGGAACGCCUGCAACUGUAUCAACGAAACCAAAGGAACCAGGGGCCGAUGUGGUGGCGCCUGGCCGCGGCCAUUCUCAGCCUUCUGUUUGAUAGGGGGUUCAUAGCCGGAGGAGGGGGUGGAGGACGGAGGUGAGGCGACCUUGUCCCCCGUUUUUCAUUCAUCUCUGUGAGGAACUGGACUCCUACUGGCACUGUCUAAUCUAACACGGGUCUGUUUGGGGGAGAAAACAAUUGAGGUCACCGCGGGACGGAGACAACCAACUUUUAUACCAGGUUGUGUUUUGGGGGUUUUUUGUUGUUUUUUUUUUUCCUUCAAAGAAGAUGCCAUGUUGCUCUGAGAUUCCACUAAUGGGCAAUGUUCUUUCUUUUGUUUUUUUUUGGCAUACCUGUGGUGUAGUGGUUUUGUACAGUACAUUGUUCUUGUUCACUUUAAUGACCUCUCACAGAACCUGGGAAUGCCUUAUUCAGUGUCUUCUGCCAGAAUGAGUAUUGAGCAGUUUUGACAGGCAAGAGAAGAUGGUUAGGAAGUGAAAGGAAACGCAGAGGAAGUUUCCCAGGUGACCAGUCAAGUCGAUUUUUACUAACUUCCAAAGAGGCAACUUCUCAGAACAAAAGCAUUUUGCACCUCACCUCAGUGGAACAUUUAUGUUUUCUUCAUUUUUUUUUCUCCUUUCAGUUUGUCUUUUGUCCCUCCUUGGUUUUCUUUGAACACGACCUCUUGGUAUUGUUCAGAAAUACUGGGAACAGUAGUUUCCGCGCGUGUGAAAGUGAGCGCACGGUGAUAUGUCAUCUGAAUAUCUUUUAAUAUGCAAAGAGAGUCACGCGAUACAUGUCAGAUGUUUGGGUCUGCUGACUCUCUGGGUGGAGUCUGCACUUCUUAACGUCACCGUCUGGUCAAACAAGCCAGGUGACUGCAUGCAAACUUGCCAGACACCAAAAAGAAAGUGAAAAAGGAAAACAAGGCAUGUGCACUUGGACAUCUUGUGUUGUUAUUGUUAAAAUCCUUUCACUUAACCUGGGUUUUUACUGGGUUUACUUGUCAUUUUAGCCUUUUUCCUGCAACAUAUCGGGGGGCAAAUGACAUCUGACAUGUAGCGCACGUCAACGUGCCGACUUUUGCACGCAUGUAAACAACUAUUAGAGGUCUUGCACUAUAUUAGAACACAAGUCAAUCACGUUGCAGAUAUCGUAACACCUAAACCAGCUGUUUUAUUCAUUUAACUUGACCCUUGUUCCCAGUAUAUUACUCUAAUAUUCCCUUUUGGGGGUUUUUUUCAAUGUUUUUCUUUCAUUUGAUUGUUUUCAGACCUCCAUGCCCUUGAAGUGGAGCUGUGGAUCCACUGUUUUUGCACUAUACCACCCUUCAAAAGAUCCGAAUGUUGACAAGCUAACCUCUGUCUCGUAUGAAGGUUGAUUUUUUUUGGUUUGUUUAUUUGUUUUUUUUCAUUUACCACCUGUUUCCUUACCACCGCAUUUCACAUUUAUCCAUUCGCAUUGUCUUGAGACGUGCCUCAGUGUUGAGGCCUGACUGAACACAAUCUGGAUGACGCUUCUCGAAAGAUCGCUCACGCAGUUUUUCAGACCACACUGAAGAGUUGGAGGGAGACACGUUGGCUCGGUUAAAAAGGUUUUGAUUUUUUGUUUUGUUUUUUUCACGGCCCCGCUGUAUCUUCAGAACAUCGAAACAAUAUGCCGAACACAGUGCGUAAAACUAAAUCUCUCAGGCCACCUGUUAUGGGGUAUUAUAUAUUGUCGUUGGUGCUGAGAUCCAGAUUUGGGAUGUUUGAGCACAUAUAAUCACCACUGACUCAGCAGACGGGCAGUCUCUGAAAUGGACAAAAAAAAGAAAAGAAAAAGUGAAAAAGACUGUAAUUAUUGUUGAAAUAUGAAUAUGUUUAAAGACACUGUCAAAGAUGCUGUUUGUUGUUUUGUUUUACUCUUCUUUCAUUGCUGAACCCAGGCCAACUUUUGGACCCAAGGAGCAGUACAUAUCAGGGGUCUGUAAUUACAUGCUCCUUACAAUGUGUCAAGUUUAUCACUGCAUGACGAUUAGGUUCUUUAUCUUUUUUGUUGUUGGGCUUUUUUCUUCUUUUUUUUUUUUUCUCAAGAUGUCUCAGGGACAGACUUUUGUGGGCUACUGGUAACCUUGAGAAUCUGUUACAUGGUUAGAAGAAGAGCUGUUCUCGCCGAUUAAUACGUGACGAAACCCCCUCGAGGUGUUGUCGCCUCUCCCAUCUCCAUUUUAACCUAGAUCUCGGCCAACUUUCUCAGCACACGCUUCUUAAAGGUACCGUUCGACUGAGGAGUUUGAGGCUGACUUGCUGGCUGUGGUGGGGACGGAGCUACUGAGCGUAGUAGUCAUAGGUGGUGCGAGGUGCACUGAAUGUGGUUGUGGUUGUAGUUUCCUGCGGAUCGUGAACGCUGAGCCAGUCCGUGUAGCUCCCCGUCUCACCAUCAGCUCUUGACUUCCUCUUUGUGCUGCUCCUUCAUUACAUGGUUGUUGUUCAUCGGUUCACUUUCUUUGUAAUUUAUUUUUUCUUUCUUCUUCUUUUAUUUAUUUCAGUGUAUUUGCCCAUUUCUACUGUAUACACCUGUGUGUGCAAUUACUUCAUUGUUUUCCUUUUUUCUAUUUUGGUCUCCCGGACUUGUAUACGCUUCGGCUGUUUGGCUCUGUGGAGAACAGGUUGGCGAUCGUUACGCCGCCUUCACCUUUAGAAGAACAACUACUGUAUUCGUGUAGUUACGAUUACUUUUUAAGUGGCGGCAGGUGUCACUGCUAAGCCAAUCAUCUAAACAGAGCAAACACAAGUACAGCUGCUGCUCUUCACAAAGAAGAUAACUACAGACUGCAGAUGAGUGUUUGAUACUCAAAAUUCCACCAUCCAAAAAUGACGCCUUCCCACACGACCUCUCCCUCAUAACAAGUAACGGCAGACAUGACAUUAGACACAAAAAGGUUGCCUUCUUCCUCAAGUCACAGGGCGUCAGUUUACUCGUAUGUGUUCAAUUCUUUAAUCUUAAUCAUUGUGUUGUAAUCAGUAUGCACUGGAAAGUACUUUGUAUCUGUAAAUCCCUUAGGUUUCUUAUCUGUUGAGUGUUGAUGUAUAGUAUUUACUCUGAUUUGUUCUCCUCAGUUGAUCUCGCCACGUGUCAGGCGUAUUCGGUGCAGCGAGCAAGUAGGCUCGGGUGCGAUGGCCCGGUUUGAUUUAUUGGAAAGGGAAACAAGCCACCGUGGUGCCCUGUAUAGUUUUGUCAGAAUGAGGUUCCCGAGCCUCAAACGGCAUACGUGAGCGCAGAAAAUCCCAAGAGAGACAGUGAGAAAGAGACAUGCGUAUUUUAUUGAAACCGUCAGUGUCUUGAAUUUUGUAGUCCACUUUAUAUAAAUUUGAAGUUUUUUUUUCCUUUGAGGAAAGUUUUGAAUUUUUAUAAGUAAUAACAUUUCUUCUUCGUGGUUUUUCUUAACGUUCUUUUUUUUAAAUUGUAUUUUCUUAAAAAAAGGGGUCUGAUUUUAUAAGGACACUUCACGCUUGUAAAAUGACUUUUAAUACCAGUAUGAUCCUUUUUGAAGUCAAUGAGAUCAAGAGCAUUUUGGGUUUUUUGUUUGUUUUUUUUAAAGACAAAUGAGCUUGCGACAUUCCUUGCACAUCUUACUGUCCUGUAUACACAAAACCAAAUGAAUUCAUGGUUGCGGUUGAUUUUGCUCGUGAGCUCGUAACCAUGAAACUGUCCUUUCUUUUUACAGAACUGAUAAAGUGUAAAUGUAUUUCUAAAAAAGAUUUAAAAAACAAGACAAAAAAAGAAAGAAAGAAAAAACCCUGGAAUAUGCCUUUAACUGCUCAGUUUCAAUGAAGUCUUGAUUAUCACACACUCUCUGUAUACCAAGAAAUGAGACCCAGCGAAAAUGUAGCAUUUUUGUAACAUUGAUUGUGUGUUUUCGAGACUCUACUGUGCACUCAUUUUUAUGUUUAUAUACAUUUUUUUUCUUUUUUUGGUUGUUGAUAUAAUAAUGGAAGUAAAGACAAUUUGUUAUGUAGUGCAAUAUGCUGUACAUGCGGAGCUUUGCUCUACAAAUCCUUUUUUUUUUCUUCUGGAUUUCUUGUUGCUUAUUGGUACUUUUUUCAAUAAAAUUUUAUUGAAGGUG